AAAAAUUAAAAAAGUCGUAUUUUUCGAUCGAUUUGGUAGUCGUGCCACUGCCAGUGUGAGUGCCCUAAAACCUUUAAAUUUUGGCAAAAUGGCAUCAAACGCACUGAAAAACUCUAUAAUUCGUCACCCUGGGGUUAGGGGUUACGCUCAGGCCGCUCAGGCUGCUGUGAAACAGCAGGCUGCUUCUCUACAGUUUGGUACGACCCAGAACAACACCUUCAUCGCUGCUUUGGACAACGGAUCUCCAAUCACAAGAGUGACUGUAGCCUUCAAGGCUGGUGCUCGUUUUGAGGCUCCCACUGAGCUUGGUCUGACCCACGUCCUGCGCACAGCGGCCGGACAGAGCACCGGUUGCGCCAGCGGCUUCAUCCUUGCUCGUAAACUGGCUCAGCAUGGAGCCUCUGUCACUUGUUCUGGUGACCGCGAGUUCAUCUAUUACACACUUGAGGCUACAAAGGAAAACUUGAGCCCUGCCCUAGAGUGCCUGAACAACCUGAUCUCCAAUCAGGAGUUCAGGCCGUGGGAGCUCAGCGACAAUGUGCCCCGCCUGAAGUACGACAUUGCUGCCCUCGCUCCUCAGGUGCGAGCGGUAGACCUGCUCCAUAAGGCAGCGUUCCGCAGAGGCCUGGGCAAUUCCCUCUUCAUCUCGCCCAAGAAGAUCGGCAAGGUGUCUUCAGAGUCCCUGCAGCACUAUGCCGCCUCAACCCUCACUCCUGCGCGUUGCGCUGUUGCUGUCAUUGGCGAGUCCAAGGAAACGGCCACCAUGAUCGCUCAAGCUCUGACACUGAACUCCGGUUCAGAAGCUAAAGGCGACGGUGGCAAGUACUUUGGCGGAGAACUAAGGAAGGAGACCGGCGGAGAACUCGUGCACGUGGCCCUCGGGCUGCAGGGCGCCAAGGCCGGCACCCCGCAGUCUGUCGCUCUUGCCGUCGCUGCCAAAGCUCUUGGCAACGGUCCGGUCACCAAAUGGGGAGCCGACAACUCCAUUCUCGCGAAGGCCAUCGGCAACAUCGGGCCCUUCGCUGCGGCCGGCUUUAACGUGGCUUACUCUGACAACGGGCUGUAUGGCGCCGUGCUGUCCGUGCCCAAGGAUGAGGCUGCUCAGGCCAUCAAAGCAGUAGCCACCGCCCUCCGCUCGCCAGUAUCCGCAGACGCCGUCGCGGCCGCCAAGGCCCAGCUGAAGGUGCAGCUGCUGAGCGAGGCUGAUGAGGGCACCAACCUGGCCGAGACCAUCGCCGCGCAGGGGCUGCAGACCGGCGCGGCCAGGAACCCCGCCGAGCUGGCCGGCGUUGUUGACAAAGUUACGGCUGCCGAUGUGACACAGGCUGUUGCGGCUGCCGCCAAGAGCCCGCUCACGAUGGCCUCCGUUGGUAACCUGGCCUGCACUCCAUACGUUGACGAGCUAUAAGAUAGCGCUAUACUACCAUAGUAAAUGUAUGUUUUGAGAUGAUAAUUUAAUGAGAACAUCUUAGUAAUCAUGGUGUUAUUUAUUGUUUACCUAAAUAAAUAAAUGAUUUGUUAUAGG